AUGGCCACUCUCAGCCUUUCAGUGGACCCAAUCUCCCGGGAGGAGAUAGCGGAGUUCUCAGAUACUUCCCCUAUAUCUUCAUUGCACUCAACGCCCACUUUGCCUCCUGACUCAACCCUUUCAGGUCCAUCCACCGUCAAUCAACACCGAAUGGGUGUUCACGAUAAGCUCACCAUCGAACAAGCACCUAAUGAGAAUGGUCAGAAGCACAAGGGAAAAGGCAAAGAACCUAACAAAAUAAGGCUACCUCCAGUGCCGAUGAGCCGUUACACUCGAGUGAGUGUUGCAAAAUACAUCACCAAUAAUCGCAGCGACGACACCUACUACAAAGUUUUUGGAGUAAUCCGCGGUUCAUCGGGAUCCCACGGGUCACCCGAGCACCAGCUGGCAGCCAACGCCAAAGCCACCGAGAUGAUAGUAAAUCAUGAUAUGAAUGAUUUAAACAGAGAACAGAAGAAGAUUGUGCAGAGUGCCAGAAAGAAAUGGAAAGCUGCCUUCAAUAAAGCCAAGCAGGAUCAUCCAGAAAUGCUUAAUGCAUUUAAAACAAUGGAGGUUUCACCUCUUUGGUUUGUGACUGAUUAUCACAAAGAGAUGCAUGCCCGUGCUCUGCCUCUUUUACAAGAACUUUGCAAUGCAAGAGAUGAAAAUGAUAAAUUUCUUAAUAUUGCAAAUAUGAGGAUCGAUUCUUCACCACCGCAACACCUCAUUGAAAUUAUCGAUCACAUUCAUCAAAUGAACAACCAUCUGGAUGCAUUAAAUGUACAAAAUGGUGUUUAUUCAGAGGCGGGUAAAAUUCCUCUAGAGGCACUAGAAGAACAGUGGGAGUUAACAAUCAACAAUAAUGAGGGUGGCAAUCUUCGUGAUCUGGUUAAAGAUUUUCAGCUUCCCGCUGCACUUCUCUCUGUGCCCCCAAGCGGCUUGCUGUAUUAUGAAGACCAGGAUGAAGAACACAAAUAUUACCAAUCCCAUUGGGCCAGCCUCACACCACAUGUUGAAGCUCUCAUGCAAAGUUAUUCGAGCGAGGAAAACAUUCCUUUAGCUAAGAGCAUGUUUGUCAACUACACCAAUGAUAUGAACGAAAGGAUUCGUCGUGAAAACACUAAAAGAGGCCAAGUUGAAUAUUUGCAUCUUCUAGACCCUGAUUAUCUCUUCAGCGGGCUUGAAGCUAUCGCCGCAAAAUAUCACAAUGGAGAUAUAACUGGCUACGAUGAUAUGAGAACCAAAAUCAUCCCCAACAAGAGCAGUCCCGCCUCCGCCAUCACCCAGAAGGACGCGCGAAUGUCCCAUCUGCAGAGAGCCAGAAAGUGCCGAAGCCUCCGGGGGUAUGAAAGGAUUGGCACCAGUGACGGCCCAACCCGAGAAAGCACAACUAACCAGCCGUCACGAGGCAGAAGACCACACCACGUGCCCAUUCCCAGCAGACGUGUUGUUCGAUCUAUCCGUCCUGGCUACGCCUCGAACGGAGAACGGGUGGUAAGCGCGCAGGUUUAUGGCACCACCGGCCGUUGCGUGACUCGAGAUGAGGCUGGCAAUUAUUACCUCCGCACAGCAGCAGAAGCGGGGGGCCGUCCAGUGAUCGAGGCGGCACUACGGCAUGGAGUUCCUACAAUCGAAUCUCAAGGGUGGAAGUCAUUACGGCCUAAUCUCGCGAACAUGGGAGAGUAUGGGAUAGAAUGGGUUGCAUCAGCUGAAUGGGAUAAAUUCAGCCGAAGACUGCCCAAUAUUGUGAUUGGCUUCUUUCAUCAUAAUCAGGGGCGAUAUCAACUAGUCGCCGGCUCGCGCUCUUCUGUAGCGGAGUUAUUGAGUAUCCGAGUGGUGGAUAGACUGAUUGCUGAAGCCAUGGGACAUGAUGAUCUGACUUUAGAAGAAAUAUUUGAGAAUGCAUAUGGUGUUACACACCACGAGCGGGAACAACACUGGCGAAAUAAUCCAUGCAUUAGAUGUUGCCCAGUGCGGACUGCAAGAAGAUAA